GGACGAACCAAAACAAACCGAGCUCUUUAAAAAUGGCGGGUGUUGAGUUGACAGCGACCAAGACGCCACCUGUAAAUACACCGCGCUCUGGUGGACUUGUGAAUCCACUUUUGAGCGCGUCCACUUCAGGAGAGACAUGAAUUGGUAUGGAGCCUCUGGACACUAACCCACAAAUAGUAGAGGUGGAGAGCAUUCCAUCAUGGGCCACCACUACCACCACCACCACCACCACGACUCCACAUCACCACCACACCACCACCCCAUGCCACUCGUCUCCACCCUUCACAGUGGAUGAAGAGAUCAAUGGAAAGCUGUGUCUGUGGAGUGGUGACGCCAGCUUGCUGCGGGUGUGUGCCGUGGUGAACAGCACUAAUGAGACCCUGACAGAGCACACACAGCCUGGCCUGGUGCUGCGAGCCGGGCCCAGACUCAAGGUGGAGCUCAGGAAUGACAUCAAGAGCUGCAAGACAGGUGAGGUGCGGGUGACGGGUGGCUACAACCUCCCAGCACGCUACAUCAUCCACACUGUUGGCCCUAAGUACAACAUUAAGUACCACACUGCCUCGGAGACUGCCCUGCACGUGUGUUACAGGCGGGUGCUGCAGUGUGUGGUGGAGAAGAAGAUAAGAACUGUGGCUGUGUGUGUGAUAAACUCAGUCAACAGAGGCUACCCACCAGACCAGGGUGCCCACAUUGCCCUGCGCACAGUUCGGAGGUGUCUGGAGCACUGGGGGUCCUCAAUAGACAGGGUGGUGAUGGUGGUGAACAGCAUUGACACCAGCAUAUACCACCUUCUCACCCCACUGUACUUUCCCCGCACCCCGCAAGAGGAGGAGAUCGGGUGCUGCUUGUUGCCGGCGGACUUGGGUAAUGAGUUUGGGGAGCCUGUUGUACCUGACAGACAAAUUCGCAUCAUUGACAAUCCUCAACAUAAGUAUGAAGACGUGGAGGACACAGCAGACCUCGCGGCACAACUCCACACGUCGGUGAGUGUCGGAGAGCACGCCUUCUCCCACAUGGAGGACGAUAUCGACAAGCAGCGGCUCCUCGGCGGCCAGCCCUCUUACACUACAGCCGACCCCGAGACUGCCUCCAUGACCUCUGACCUCCAGCACAAACAGAGAUAUGAGAGGCUGCUGCGGCGUGCUAAGAAUGAGGACCUGAGGGAGGUGUCCGGCAUUGGGUGUUUGUACCAGUGUGGCCUUGACAAGUUUGGACGGCCUGUGGUCAUCUUUAUUGGGAAAUGGUUCAAGUUUAAUGAGAUUAAUUUGGAUAAGGCCCUGCUGUACCUCAUCUCCCUGCUGGACCCGCUGGUGAAGGGGGAUUAUGUCAUCAUCUACUUCCACACUAUCACCACCACAGAGAACCACCCAUCACUAUCAUGGAUCCGACAUGUUUAUGACAUGUUGGAGUAUAAGUACAAGAAGAACCUCAAGGCUUUCUACAUUGUCCACCCAACACUGUGGACCAAGAUCAUGACCUGGUGGUUCACUACUUUCAUGGCCCCUCAGAUCAAACACAAGGUUCACUCAGUGCCUGGCGUGGAGUACCUGUAUGACAUUAUCGACCCAGAGCAACUCGAAAUUCCUGCCUACAUUACUGAACAUGAUAUGACGAUUAACGGCAUCCGCUACUACCGUCCGAUCAGCUCCCCUUCCUCCUGAGCAUUGGUGGCCGGUGGAUGAGUGGAUGGGCAGAGGAGAGAGAGAGGGAGAGGGAGAAAGAGAGAGAGAGAGAGGACCUCCACUCAUCCUUACAAGAUAAAAACAGGGAUAUUUAUUUGUUUAUUUGAGUUUUUGUUUGUUUUUGUUAUUGUUUUGGUGAUGGAGGAGGAGGAGGAGGAGAGAGGAGGAGGAGGAGGGAUUGAUAGUAGAAAUUGAUUUACUGACAGGAAAAUAGAGGAAAAAUGAUUAAGAAGAGAGAAAGAAAUGGAAUUGAAAGCAAGGAGGAGGAGGAAGAGAAGGAAAGAAAUGAUGAGAAUGAAAGAAGAGAAAUAAAAGGAGGAGGAGAAGGAAAGAAAUGAUGAAAAGAGGAGGAGGGAAGAGAAAUAAAAGGAGGUGGAGGAGGAGGAGAGUGAAAGAAAUUAUGAAAAGGAAGAAAAGAGAAAUAAAAAGAGGAGGAGAAAAGGAGGAAAGAAAUAAUUAAGGAGAGGAGAAAGAAAAAAAUAAAAGUAGGAGGAGGAGGAGGAGGAGAUAAAAGAAUGAAAAGGAAAAAUGGUAAAAAAAAAAAAUAGGAGGAGGAGGAUUAGAAAGGAGAAAAUAUAGAGGAAAAUAUAAGAAUUAGUCUAAAUUACUUGAAAAAGAUAAUGAAAAUGAUGACAGGAAUAAUGAUGAUGAUAAUGACAAUGCAGACUUAGUGAAUAGUGUGUCAAAGAUUACGUUUCAUUCAGAGUUUAUAUAAUAGUACCUACAUUAUUAUCACUAUUAUUAUUAUUAAUAUUAUUAUAUAUAUAUUUGUUGUGCUGUUUAUAAAUAGAGAGAAUUUAAACAAAAAAAGUGGG